CAGAACCAUAGGUAUCUUUUGUGUACUAUUUUUGGAACCAAGCUAUUCAUGACCCAUGCCGCCAUGCGUGCAUGGCUAGCUCCUAUGCCCCCUCCCAACCAUUGAUAACAUCUCUCUAUCUAUAUUUAAUCAGCCCAUAGAACCACAAGUUCUCUUAUAAAAACGGAUCAUCUCCACCAUUGCCAAACCACCUCCACAUUCAGCACCUCCUCUCCUCCUUCGCCAACCAAUAACCCGGCCGCCGCAACCGCCACAGCAGCCGGGACAGCCAUGGGUGCCUGCGCAACUAAGCCCAAGACGCUUGAGGGGAAGGCCCCCCAGGAGGCCCCCAUCUCCACACCCAAGGUUGCACCCGAGACCACCAUCCCCACCGAGGUUGCGGCUAAUCAGGUUGUUGAGAAGGUGGUGGAGGAGGCCAAGGAGGAGCCGGCGGCGGUGGCAAUAGCAGAGUUGCCUGCUAACGUCGAGCUUGAGCAGAAGGCUGAGGUGACUGAUCCGGAGGCGAUCGUCGAGCCCAAGCACAAGGAGGAGGACGUCGUGGAGAAGAUCGUCGAGGAGGAGAAGCCCUCAGCCCUUGUCGAGGAGAAGUUCGCCACCAAGAUGGUGGAGGAGCCCAAGGAGGUGGAGAAGGAUGCCGAGGAGGAGGAGGAGAAGGAGAAGCCGACGCAGAGCUGAUCGUCCAUGUCAAUUGGCUCCUGCUUGAUCAAUGUGCUUGCGUGCACUUCAAUUCUCUAGAGUUGGCAUAUAUAUAGCUCGGGAGAGAGAUCCACUGUGUAAUCCUUGAUGUCUCCCGUUUUUUCCUCCACGGGGUCCUAAUAAACAUCAUUAUUGGGCUUA